UAGGUGUCACUGUUUCCCCACGUUUGCAGGUCGGAACUAAAAAUCGUAGGUCUCAAAACGGUGACGGGAUAUUUUCAGCGCGACACAAAACGUCAUUGAUUGUGGGAUCUUGCAGAGCUGUGUUAAUUUCACAUCGACCAGCCGAGCUCGGUGAGUUGUCAUGGCAGGGGGAGGGGCACCGGGCGUCGACCUGAGCAGGAAGUUUGUGUCAGAAACUGAGCUCGACGAGAAGAGGAAGAAGAGGCAGGAGGAAUGGGAGAAAGUCAGGAAACCCGAAGACCCGGAGGAGGCCCCAGAGGAGGAGUAUGACCCACGGUCCCUCUUUGAGCGACUACAGGAGCAGAAAGACAAGAAACAAGAGGAGUAUGAGGAGCAGUUCAAAUUCAGAAACAUGGUGAGAGGAUUGGACGAGGAUGAAUCCAGCUUCCUGGACGAGGUCUCCCGGCAACAGUGUCUGGUGGAAAAGCAACGCAGGGACGAGGAGAAGCAGGAACUGUUGGAAUACAGAAGUGCUUUAGUGAAGCAAGCCGAAAAGUCCACCGAAAGUCGCAAAGAGCCCGAAAAGAAGGCAGCACCUAAACAUUCAGGGCCAGAGCAAAGGACGAGCCACCUGUCUCAGGCCCAUUUAUUGGCUGGAGCCGUCAAGAGGCGCAGUUCCUCCCAGUCGUCAGACAGCAGUAAGAAACAGAAGGUGGAAAACACAACAACAACAACAGCAGCAGCAGCAACGACAGGAAAUGGAGAAAGACACACAGAACAGGAGGCCGGUUCAGGAGGAGGAGCAGGGGGAGCUGAAGAUCAGCAAACAGUCCCUGGCCUGACGGCGAAGACCCCCUCGGCUCCCCUGAGCUCCGGUCAAGGCGUUUUACACCUGCCGUCGGCGGCCGUGUGUGUUGGCGUUUUGCCGGGACUCUGGGUUUAUUCCGGAAGCAGCGACUCUGACAGCAGCUCGGACAGCGAAGUUUAAGCCGAGCAUCCAAUCCCGCACUGCCUACCCCGACGACAUCCUGCCCCUCCCUACAUCCCCUCCCCUUCCCAACCCAUGUCACAGCGACUGCAAGCUGUGCUGUUGACUGAGGGAACAGUGAUUGACAGCUGUGGAGAAAGAAGGAAGAGACUGCUUUAGACUGUGUCACAUGACUCACACCUCUUUAGCUAUCAGCAAGCAGAGCCGAGAGAAAGAGAAGGAGAGAGAGAGCUGGGGCAGGACACACUUCUCUCUCUCUCUUUCUUUGUGUGAAAAGUUUGAAAUAUGAUGUUUUUAUUUGCGUGGUGUGUUUUUUUUCCUCAUCGGUAGUUUGUCUCAAAGUUGCAUCGUGCUGGAAAAGAUGCUGGACUGUUUGCUGCUGUCUCAGACGUUGAAGCUUUGUUUUGUUGGUCAAAGUCUGAGCAAAGAAAUAAAAAACCUUCCCUUCUCA